GCACGGUGGCGGAUCAGUGGCCCUUGUCCAUGGUGUUGUGGUUGUUCGCUAUUGCCCUGUACUUGCGCGACGUGGACUCCGACUUCUCUGGCAGAGUGGCCGUGACUGGCGACCGGCGCUUUUCUGGGUUCGUGGUCUUGUUGGUGGACUUGGCGUUUCAGUGCGUCGUGAAUUGUUGUUGGUUAUUCGUGAGCACCCCCGUCAGUUCCGCCAACAUCAAACAUUCCGUCCUCGGUUUCCAACGCGUCGGGAGUUUUUGCAGGCUCAUCGUCUUGGUGCCUAUAACCUUGGUGGUCUUCUGGGUCGAGGGUGAUCUGCAGGCACUGGACGAUCUGGCUGGGCUCGAGGACGUGCUCGGAAUGAGCUCCCAGAGUGCCAGGACCGACUUCUGGUUCGUGCCGUACGCAUACCUGCUGCUGCGGUUUGCAUUCGGGCUGCUGCCCAAACAUGGUCUGGGAGAGCGUCUGAGGUUCAACGACUCGGCAGAUCAGAAGGGGCAUCACAAGCGGAUCGGUUUCUUCUGGGUCGUCUUCGGGCUCAUCUGUUUCGUGUCCUAUUACGGGGUGCUCACGGGGAUGGCCAGGUCCCUCACCCCGAAGGGCAUGUGCCAGCUCGGCGACAACGACGACGACUUCUGCGAGGACAGGCAGCUGAUUCUGGGCAGUGGGCUUCCAUCCAUCAUGUGGAAGGACACGCAGUGCGUCGCGUGCAUGACCAGCGUGGUUUCCUCUUGGCUGCUUGCGGCCAUCGGCAGCUUCCUGAUCCCAUACUUCAUCUUCAACUGUUGCGUGGCCUUCAUGGGAUCCUCCCUCGGCGUGUCCCGCGGGCUCGUCGAGACUAACAUCUCUUCCCUGGACUUCUCCGUGUACUCUUUGUCAUCGGAGUUCGAUAGGCAGCGAAAGUCUGAGGCUGGGUGGGUGUCGCACGGCACUGUCCUGCACGCCAUCUACGGCAAGGAUUGGAAGAAGGUGUGGGCAGUGAUGGUCGAGGGGCUCUUCGACGAUUGCUUGAUAAACCAGCCAGUGCGCGACAAGCUGCUGGCCGCCGCAAGCAGCGGUGGCAUGGCGGAACUGAAAGAUUCUGAAUCGUUACGCAUUUUGCCACAAGCCAUGCAGCGCAUCGGGUACUUGUUCGCGAGCCACCGCGAGAUCCUGUCUAACAGACGGAUCAGUUUCGCGCCGUACUGCGGCAAUGACAGAGAUGUUCACUGCGACGCACUGGGGGUCACGCACCCAGGCCGCAUUCCUUCGCUGACGCAGAUAAUCCCGGUGUACAGCGAGGACGGGAUCAUGAGCAUCAAGGAGCUCUUGGGCAAGCCUGCGGGCGGCUCCGUCGCCACCACGCUCGAGUUCCUGGUCUCGCAGUUCCCGGACGAGUGGAAGAUCUUCGCCGAGACCGUCCGGCUGCACCCGACCGAGCUGUACGACAGGCUGGCCGGCGGGCGGUGCACGCCGCAGCAGCAGGACCAGGUGCGCGAGUGGGCGUCGCACCGCGCCCAGUCCGUGAUCCGCACCGUGAACGGCGCGGUGCACUACCACAAGGCCCUGCACCUGCUGCUGAACCGCGGCGAGGGCGUCGGCUUCGAGGACGUGCGGCGCCGCGUGCAGCUCAUCCUCGCGCACCAGACGUACGGCAAGGUGAGCAUGUCCAAGGCCAGCAAGGCCACGCUCCGCAGCGGCAUGCUCACCUUCAAGGGGGCGCACGGGCUGAAGGCCGGCGACACGGUGCGCCUGUCUCUGCAGGCGCGCUCGACCAUGGAUCUCACGGGGGGCCUCGUCUUCAAGAAGGCGGUCGACAAGUUCAAGGACAACUUGAGGCCGAAGGCGCCGGCGCCCGGAGACGACGGCGCGGAGGCCCUGCCGACCCUGCUGGGGAGAGCGAUGGCUGGCAGCAGGGAGCGCCCCAACUGCCUGGUGUUCUCGCUCACCAUCGUCAACGUGGACCACGCCAAGCUCGUCGCAGACAAGGCCGCCCUCAAGUCGCUCGAGGCCGCGGUCAAGGAGGCGGUGGUGGACGAGAGCGCCGGCGCGGUCGGGCUCGAGGACGAAGACGUGACGCUGACGACGUCGGCGGUGGAGGGCGCCGGCAGCGCGGGCGGGGACCUGCUCGGCAUCCUCGGCUGGACCCAGGAGGAUCAGAAGCCGGCCAUCAGCGUGGAGUGCACGAUCACGCCGCCGCCAUCCACCAUUGUCGCGCACCUGGAGGGGCAGCUCGGAUCAAGCAGCACGCUGAAGUACACGCUCAUCGCGGCCAUCGAGGCCGCCGGGGGCUUGCACCAGGUCGCGGAGGGCGAGGUGAGGCUGGGCGGGGUUGGCGCCGUGAGUCGCACGGGCCCGGCCGGUGGCGCCGAGGCCGAUUUCAAGGACUUCGUCAGCGGGGCUUUCUACACGGUCGGUAGCGUCCUGGAGGACCAAAGGGUGACGUUGGUGGGUUGCUCUGCGAACGGCGGACAGGUGAUGUGUGAGAAGGUGGAGGCGAACAAGCGCGACCAGGAUCUGCAUUACAUGCUGAGCAAGCAUAAAGGCUACCCGUUCUUCGUGGCUAUCGAUUUCCAGCGCGGGAAGACACAUCCGCGCCUCGAGGAGUUGAUUGACCAGCACGUACGGGGCAGCAGACGAGGGCGUGAUGUUCAAGUACGCCAGCGUCCUGAUCAAGUACCGCUACUUCCGCGUCGGCGGAAGGGACGAGCGCCAGCAGGACGACUGGCCGGUCGAGGUGGUCCACGUGCUCCCGAGGGCCCGCGGGCUGCUGAUCGGCUCCGAGGGCAACCUCACGCAGGGCAAGUCGGGGAACCAGCUGGGCGCGCUGCGCUUCGCCGAGGGCCACUUCUUGCAGAUGAUGGACGCCAACAUGGGCUGCUACUCGGGCGAGUCGUUCAAGGUGCCCGUGGUUCUCCAGGGCUUCUACCCGAAGCCCACGGGAAGCGGCUCCGAGCACCGGCUGGCCCUGAGAGCCAGGAUCAUCGGCUUCCGAGAGCACAUCUUCACGAGGUCGCACGGGCUGGUGGGCACCAUCAUGGCCGACUCCGAGUGGACGUUCGGCACCCUGGUGCAGCGGCUGCUGGGCUUCCUCAACGUGCGCAUGCACUACGGCCACCCGGACUUCAUGGACUGCUUCUGGGCCUCGAACCGCGGCUCCGUGUCAAAGGCCUCGCCGCACAUCAACCUGUCCGAGGACAUCUUCGCCGGCCUCAAUGUCAACGCUCGCGACGAGCGGUCGCUCCAUACGGACAUCUUGGAGUGGGAGAAGGGGCGUGA